CUCGGCCACCCGCGGCUUCCGCGAGGCCCGGCCCUCGUGCGCCCAGGACGGGUUUCCGGACCAGCCGGAGGAGGGGCCUGAGGCCGAUGUGAGCCGGGCACCCCGCCCGUCGCUCCCUCAGAGCCACCCCCAGAAUUCCUUUUGGGGUAGGGUCGCAAGGGAGGCGGCGCCGCUGAACACUCCGGUGGGGAAUAGACUGUGGUUCAGGCCUCCAUGAGCCGGUCCCAGGUAGCCCUGCUGGGCCUGGGCCUGCUGCUCAUGCUGCUACUGUACGUGGGGCUGCCAGGCCCCCCUGAGCAGACCUCCUGGCUCUGGGGAGACCCCAAUGUCACAAUCCUGGCUGGUCUCACUCCUGGCAGCUCCCCCAUCUUUUACCGCGAGGUGCUUCCACUCCACCGGGCGCGCAGGGUAGAGGUGGUGCUGCUCCAUGGGAAAGCCUUUAACUCCCACACGUGGGAGCAGCUGGGCACACUGCAGCUGCUGGCGCAGAGGGGCUACCGGGCUGUGGCCCUUGACCUCCCAGGUUUUGGGAACUCAGCACCUACAAAGGAGGCAAGCACUGAGGCGGGGCGGGCAGAGCUGCUGGGGCGCGCGCUGCGGGACCUGGAGGUGCAGAACGCCGUGCUGGUGAGCCCCUCGCUGAGCGGCCACUAUGCCUUGCCCUUCCUGAUGCGAGACCACCGCCAGCUGCACGGAUUCGUGCCCAUCGCUCCUGCCUCCACCCAGAACUACACCCAGGAACAAUUCUGGGCUGUGAAGACCCCAACUCUCAUCCUGUACGGGGAACUGGACCGCAUCCUGGCUCGGGAGUCUCUGCGGCAGCUCCGCCACCUGCCCAACCACUCUGUGGUGAAGCUGCACAACGCAGGCCAUGCCUGCUACCUCCACAAGCCGAAAGACUUCCACCUUGUCCUCCUUGCCUUCCUUGACCACCUGCCUUGAGCUCACCCACUUAGGUUGGAGGAUCUGGCCCAGUUCCCUACCAGGGAGACAGCCCCUGGGACCAGAGGCCAGAGGCUGGAGUGCCAGGCCCAGGCAGGACCUCUCGUUUCAUCUCACAGGCACAAUAAAUAAAAGCAUGUUCGUCAUGCCCAGGGA